CCAAAAUCGGCCAGCUUUCGAGCAACAGUCUGCUCGUUUGGCAAGCGUCCACGGCAAACGGACCGUACGGCCGAUCGCCUCGAAUUUGAUCGCUUGUAUCACACGGUGGGAGCAGAAGGUCGUAAGACAUAAGUGUAUAUCGGCAGGGAAAAAGAUAGCUAAAAUCUCAACGAAGGCUAAGGAAGGUGCUUCUUCGUGAGGGUAUCAAGAGCCGUCUACUACGGUGAAACUUCGAACUAUUUAUAAAGCACGGCCUCGUGGCGGCCAGUCGAAACUCCAGAGGAUCAAAAUGUCGGAGGCGGAAGGUGAGGUCUUCUUUACGAGCUGGCGUCACGAUGUUCUUUGAAUAUCUCUGGCCUAGGAUUAUUCGAGUAUCGUAUGAUAGAUAUUGAACGGGCGAGAUUGGUCGACGGGAACUGAGGGAAAAAUGUACGAUGAUCGUGGAUGCUGAACGAUCUGCAUGUUCAAGCAAUAGUGGAGAACCAUGAUAUCCAAAACAUCAUCGAGGGAGAAAGCAGAAGAUCUAGCUCCGUGGAUUAUUUAGAUACGUUUGAGGAUAUCCCAAAGGAAACCGUGAAAGAAUUUCCAGAAGAGACCAAGGAAAAAUUGUUCGAAGAGGAAAAGGAAAAGGAGACAACGGUGAAGAACGAGAGCAAAUCGAUUGAAACGGAGAAGAAAGAGGCCUCACAAGCAGCGGGUUCGAGGACGAGUACCGAUGACAACGACGACAAAGGCGUUGCUAAACGAGAAGAGAACGCAACGAGAAUAGAGGCCACAACGUCUACAACGACAGGUACCAUCGAUGGACGGAACGAAAACGUGCCAGUCGGUGAGUGGAAUUCAUUGCCGCUACUGGUAGAGCGUCUUCGCGCGGCGCUUGAGCUCUCCUUAGGGGGUCGCCGCAACAACGAGCCGCCAGCGCUGCCCGAAGACUCUGGCGUCGACUCCGAGGAGGACUUCCGGAUACGCAGCUCCAUGGAACAAGCAUUGGGUAACUGCAAAGAGCCGGAGAUAAAAAAGGACCUCAAGUUUCUGGAAGAUUUACUGUUGUCCGAUAUUCAAACAGCUCUGUCUCGUCUUCGAGAGACUUUAGAAAAAAUCGAUGUAACUGCUUUAGCUAAACACGGUGCCGCUUCUGAUCCUACGAGUAAAUUGCAAUUAUUAAGAUUGGUAUCGAGUUUAUUGUCAAGGCUACAGGUGCCUGAAGAAGCAACUGAGAAAAUACCGGUGCUACCAUCGACGUCCUUGAGCAGGAGACGAAGAGGAACCAGACAUACUAUAGGUGUUUCCGCGGAAGAAUUGGCUAAAGCUAGGAAGUGGUUAGAGGAGGAAAGGAAUGCCUUACCUUUAGAGGGAAUCACUGCUAUUAUAAAAGAGCAAAAAGAACAGUGUGCGUCUGGAAAUGGAAUUAAUGUGGUUGUAGACAGGAAACCAGAGGAGAUUCGUGAUAAGUGCACAAAAGAUGCGAUUAAUCAACGUCAAUUGUUGGAGGAUAAGAAUAAGGAGAUUAGAGACAAUUGUGCGUUUCGUGGGAUCCAACAGGUGGAUGUUGCCGAUACCAAAACUGCUGGAGAAUUGAAUAUGUUUCAACCUCAGUAUCGAGCUAACAGUUAUCAAGACAAAGAAAAUAACGAGAAUAUUAUCGAAGAUAGUGAAGAAAGAAGUCGUGUGAGUAAAUUAGCAGCUGUACUUAGACAACGUGCUGAACUAACAGCUUCCGGUGGUGGCAAGUACGGGAACAAUAACAAGUUCAGUGCGAAAAAAUCGAAAAUAAAACGUGCAAAUACUAUUGAUAUUCCUAGUUACUUGAAGCUUCAAGCUGAGAGUCUAGGUCACGAAACUACAGGUUGCGUUUCUUUGAGAAAACCAAUCAACGUUGGGGACAAAGCAUUUAAUUCUACCAACGUUACCGUGCCUACGUUCCAACCAAAAACGGAAAACGACAGAAAAUUUCUAGCUCUGAUAAAUAAAAAUAACGAAGCACCCACAGUUGCACCGAUAGUACCUUUCAAGACUUUUGGGCAAACCAUGGAUAUGUCAUCAUUGACUAAUGAAAAUUGGAAUAGUAGGUUCUCUAAUAUCAAGACUACCUUUGAUAAACCGUCUGAGUCCGAAGAAAGGGAAAAUAAACCGUCUCUGAAGUCUCGUGCCAAUAAAAUGUUUCCAUGUCCACCUCAAACGCAAGUUUAUUCUAAUUCCAAUCCAAUAUACAAUCCUCACGUAACGAAAAUGGACACAUCCAUGGGUUUUAGACACGCCCCUUCAUCACCUUUCCGCAAAAUAGAAAAAUCUUCACCAGGAUCACCGUCCAAAAUUCCUCCAUCAUAUCAAUGGCCAAAAAACACACCAGUACCGACAAAUACGUUGAAGGAAAAAGCUAGAAUGAUGUUUGACCGAGAGGGCAUGCAACCCUCUUCGAAAUCCUCUAGAAUUAAUGUAGAGAAACCUAGUUUUCCUCGACCCCCAUGGAUCGAGCACGAAUGGAACGAGAACAGAGCGAACGAUACGGUCACAGAAAAUGGUAAAUUGGACUAUCGGUCAUUUUGCAAACAGUUCGCCCCAUUCGUUACCAAAACUUCUUCCAUGGAAUCGAAGAAACUGGAAGAACAGCGUCAACGGGAAAAAGUUUCUGGAGUAGUGGACGGUAAGAUCUCUUUCAAGGUAGUCCCAGAUAAGCGAGUUCAGACCCAUCAAUAUCUUUCAGCUGAACGUCGAAAUUCCAAGGAGAAAAUUGAUGUCGCAAAAAGUGGAAAAGAACAUAGAUAUAGUGAAAAUAGCUUUACGGAUGCUACUUUGAGGGGUUGUUCAUCCGUGGCUAUUCAAACAGGAAUCAACGAAGAACAUCAGGAUGAAGGCAGAUCGUUCAAAGUGACACCUAGAAUCUCAAAAGGUCAAAACUUGAUUUGUACUAACGCCGCUGUACAAACCUCCAGCGAAUUGAAUAGGCCAAUAAUAUCAGUAAAUGACAUAGAAACUGAAAAGCAAUGGAUUCCCCUAUAUUAUGAGCAGUCUGAUUCUGAUCAGGUAUCAGAAGAUCGUCAGAGAUUUAUCCUGGAUCACAAUCAAAAUUAUCAUACAGUGUCCAGUGAUUCUGACUUCAAUAGUCCUGUAGUAAUAUCCGGUACACAUCAGGUUACUGGUGAACAAGAUUUUAAGGAAAUUGUGCAAAUCCAAGGAUUGCAGAGUCAUGAAAAACAAGCUGAAAAUCCUGUGAAAAGUUAUCAGAAUGAAGAAACAGAUAAAAAAGACUAUUCUCCCUCUCUCGUUUCUCCUAUUUCGCCUAAUUAUAAUCACUCCGAUGAAAUCUUAAAUACUCCAGAACAACAAACAAGUCAUCAAAAGACAGAGAAAUGGUCUAUAGAAGAUUCUAAUUUUCCAGAUGAUCAGAAUAUCCAAAACCAGGAUAUUAGCCCGGAAAUUGGAGUGGUUACAAGAUACACGUGUGCCAUUGGAACAGUUGCAUCAUCAGUAGACAGUCCUGAACCUCGCUCUGAAGAAGUAGCAGUAGAUUCCAGAACCUCCUCGUCUCCAUCGCCAUCACAGAGCUCCUGGUCCAGAUCUAGACCACCGACUAACGAAACUCUUACUUCAGAAGAUGAAAUUCGUCGGCAUAAUUUAUUGCAACAAAGCUUGGUUCGUCGUCUGCAAAAUGAAAUCACCUCUCUAAAUGAUCAACCUCAUCACUCUCAAUCUUCUAAUUUCGGACAACACCUGACUGUUAGUCAGGGCCAAUCUAGAUACUUAAGUCAAUCUCCUAAUUUAAUUCAAAGUCGACAGCAACAAAAUUUCAAUCCAUCAACAAAUAUUCCGUCAAGUCAACAGCAACAGAGCUACAGCCAAUCUGUAAACGUAGCUCAGAACAUUCCCCAUCAGCAACAGAAGUUUAAUCAAUCUGUAAGCACCGUUCAUCAGCAACAACAUUUCAGUCAACCUGCAAACUUUGAUCGACCUUCAAGUUCUCAAGGAUCAAGUCGAUUUGCCAAAUACCUAGCACCUGUUCCUCAAAAGAAAAAAGAUACAUCUCGAGCCCAUUCACCAGGUUCAGUGUCCGGAAACAGAGUGGGUGCUUUAAAAGAAGCUUACGAACAGGUACCUAACUCUCCAACAAAACCGAUUCAGAAGGAACGUUCCCCAGUUCCAAACGGGGUGGCUCCAAUCGACUCCAGUGACGAAUAUUUGGUAUCUUGUGCGACUAAACCCUCUAGAUCCAUAGUACUAUCAAAAUCAGAGUCCUGGCAUCAACUGGCUCUAUCUAAUCGUUAUCCUCGAGCUCCGAGAAUGAACGUUCCAGCAUCAACGACCUCGUUUCCUCAUAAUUCUCACACAAAACCACCCAAGCCAAGGUCUCCAUCUUCUCAGAAACUGAGGUCAAAACAAUUUGAAGCCUCCUCCAUGGCAGACAGUGUAAAGAAAAUGGAGGACAAGAUUAGACAAUAUUUUAAUCACCCGACUGACAUUAUUGAAACGAAGGAGUCUGUGAAACAUAGAAGAUCUCCUAGAUUUGCAUCUAAAGAAAUGGUCGGACUGUCUCGUAGUCGUACUAUGCCUGGUUUGUCCGAUGAAAAAUUACGUCUUUCAAUACCGACAUCUCAACAAGUGCCUUUACUAAACGUGAACACCACGGAUGUUGACAAAGUGUUUGACGAUUUAUUCGAAGAAGCUACAAGAACCGAUAAUCAGUAAUUAUUAACUGAUUGAAUCAUCGUACUCUUCGUUCGUUUAGCAUGGCGCGUAUUCGAGAAAUAUAAACCGCCAUGUUGAAUUUUCUGUGAGAUCUGUUAUCUCCUGGUUCAGCUGGAGAAACUGUUGUACCCUAACGAUUCACGGUCGAUAAUUGUAAUUACCUUCCAGUUCCGCGGGAGGUCUCUAAUGUCGUGUUCUAAUCGAAAUGUUUUAUUGACAUGGACAGUUACGCAGUUCGAUCCAAUAAAAAAGAAUAUAAAAAUGACGGUGAAAGAGAGAAUAAGUGAUGGACAAUGUGGUAACAUUCAUUUAAUCGAAAUCAACUUAACAGCGUUAUUGUGACACAGAAAAGAUAGUGAAGCUUUGGAGCUAUCGAAAGAAGGUUAAGUGAACUGAAAAAAAAAAAAAGAAAAAAUAGUAAAUCUUCGUAAAAACGACAAAAAUAACAAAAAUUACACGAUAAUACGCGAAUGAAGCUCGAAGCUGCGUAUUUGCGUUAAUUUUGACAGAGAGGAUCAACCAGCGUCAAUAAUUGUUCGUCGAGGAG